CUUAUGUUAAUUUUCUGAUUUAUCACAUGGAUACUAAUACUAUUCUUAUUCCCAAAAAAGAAAGCACUUUUUUCACUUUUGGUGAAGCCUGUGCAUUUCUAGAAAAUUACACAGCACAAACAAAUAUUGUGUUAAUAUUGGGAAAAACGACUAUAGAUCCUGAUAGUAAUAGCUAUAGACAAGCAACUUUUGCUUGUGAAAAGCAGGGUAAAUAUAAUGGCAAAAAAGACACAUAUUCAACCAAAAGAACUGGUUGUCAAUUUUCUAUCAGCUUAAAUUACCGUAAACGUAAUAAUGAAUUUGCCAUAACACAAGUAUGCUUGAAGCAUAAUCAUAUAAUUUGUCCUGAUGCUAGAAAGUUUAGCAUAAAUAUGCGUAAGCUUGAUCAAAAUGAAUUAGGCAUGAUUGAGAAUUUACAUGAUAGUGGACUUCGAACAAAGGACAUAUAUGCACUUUUAGCUUCUAUAGGUUCAAAAUAUGUACUUAAGCAUGAUGUUUAUAAUGCUGUAAGCCGUCAACGUCAGCAAAAGUUGCAAGGAUUAAGUGAAAUUGAAAUGUUGCUCAAAACUAUACAAAAUGAUAAAAAUAUUAUAGCAAAUCAAGAUGGAGCAUUUAUACAAGCAAUCUUCUGGGCAUAUCGAAGUGCAGUUGCUGAGUUUGCAGAAGCAAAGGAUGUAUUAAUUAUUGAUGCAAUGUAUAAAACUAAUAGGUUGCUUGCAAUAGUUUGGCAACAACAUCAAGAGCACACUCAAAAAUUUGCUUAUAAAAUGUUUUUACAUCAGAAUAGGCAUAUACAAGAUGAUAAAGAUACAGGCUUAGAAAAGCUACGUUCAAUGUGUUCACGAUUUGCUUAUGAAACAUAUAUAAAACAACAAAGAGAUUUUGUAAGAUCAGGAGAAUAUGGAGUUCUUAAGCGUGAUGAUGGUAUAUAUGAUGUAGUGCAAAUUGAUGAUCAGAUAAUGAAAACAUAUGCGGUGCAAAUUGAAACACCAAGUACUUGCACAUGUUUACAUCUAUGGCAUACCAGAACUCCAUGCCAGCAUAUAAUUAUAGUAUAUCUUUUGUAUCUACGUACUUGUGUACCACAAAGUAAGGUUCAUAAACAUUGGCAUGUAUUACAUACUCCAAAAAUCGAUCAUGUUCAAGAUUUGGUUCCUCAGCUUGCUAUGCAAAUUUUUCAAGAGCUACCGCAGUGUCACCAUAAUGAUUUAUUAAAUCUUAUGCAAGAUGUUUCAAACCAGAUUUUAGAAAAUGGAAAGAUACCAAAGCUUCAAGAUAAUUCGAAUAAUUUACAGCAAAGUACUUUUGAAACGACCAAUGCUGACAACAUUAUAGACUAUAAGGAAAUUAAAAUAAUUGAAGUUAAGCAUAAACGUGACUGUCCUCCUAAUAAUAGGCAUAUUCCUGAUGCUAAUGAAAAUAAGUUUAAAAAAGCUAAGAUUGAUAAAAAGUCAGAUAAAGGUGAUACAUUUUUACAUCUGUUUGGUUUAGAACUUGAUCUACGCAUUCCUCAAAAUGCAAUACAUAAUCCACUCGGUGAUGGAUAUUGCGGGUUUCGAUCACUAGCUGUAGCUAUAUUCAAAGAAGAAAAAAAAUGGCAAGAUGUCAAGGCUGUGAUGAAAUCUCAAUUAACUAAAUGGCAACAUUUCUAUAGCAAUAUUCUUGGAUAUAAUACAGAUCGGUUAAUGAAUGUUUUAUCAUAUAUUCAACCAGAAUGUUCACAAGAAUACUGGUUUUAUUCGCCGAAAUGUGCACAAAUAGCUUCAGAUACGUUUAAUGUACCAGUAGCAAUAUAUGGCAUAGACUUAAUGACAAGUCUUCUUUUUUUGCCAUUUGAUCAGAAACCUGGGCGUCACAAAAAACCCAUAAUUCUGCAUUGGCAUGGACGUGACCAUAUUGUGUUUGUCAAACUCAAAGCAAAUAGAAAUGUACAAAAUCCACCUUUAAAUCCUCAGUACAUUUCUAUUUGCCAUCACUUAGGCUUUUCAGAAGAUUGGUUUUCUCUAUUUACAUAG